AUGAUGCAAACUGUAGUCAACCAUGACAUUCCAAACCAAACCAACUUGGAGCAAUACGACUACCAUCAACCAAAGCGACCAGCCAUCUUGUUCCAAGAACCGACCAUUUUGUGCGACGACACAAAACGAAAUGAACGUAAAACUAGGAUGGACUAGAUGGGCGAAGCGACCAUCCCGUGCGGCGACACGAAACCAAAUGGCCAUGAGACUGACAACGUGACGAUUGGCAUAGUGCAAAAUUAGUUAGGUCGAUUUUGGAAUUUUGAAUAAUUAAAAAUUUUUUUUUUAAUUUAAUUUUUUUUGAAAAUUAUAACCGAACGGUCGUGAAAUUUUGAAAAAAGAACGUUAUACUCAGUGCCGGGCGGGGGUCGAUAAAAUUUUUUCAAAAAAUCCACAGGGAGGACCGCGUUUAACUUUUUUCGCAAAUUUUUUGGGGGGGGGACGCCAAGACUAAUGAGAAACGUCUAACAAGAAAAUCAAAUUUAAAAAAAAAUUAUUUUUCAAUACUAAAAUGUCAUCAAACUAAGCCUACAGCUAGUAUAUCGCAUACUAAACAACGUAUUAAGAAGCCUUGGCGGUAGUAGCGGCCGCAGCAGCACCAGUAGUCUCGGCAGCUGAAGUGACACCAGUUGCAGGUGGAGCUUUAGUACCGGCUUUGGCUGGGGCUUUGUGA